AUGCCGAGUGGCGGCGGCAGUAGCAGUAGAGUGGGCAACCUGAACCUCCCAGCCGGGUUCCGGUUCCACCCCACGGACGAGGAGCUGAUCGUGCACUACCUCAGGAACCAGGCGGCCUCCAUGCCGUGCCCCGUCCCCAUCAUCGCCGAGGUCAACAUCUACCAGUGCAACCCCUGGGAUCUCCCUGCCAAGGCAUUGUUUGGCGAGAACGAGUGGUACUUCUUCACCCCCCGGGACCGCAAGUACCCCAACGGCGUCCGCCCCAACCGCGCCGCCGGGUCGGGAUACUGGAAGGCCACCGGCACCGACAAGGCCAUCCUGUCCACGUCCACGAGCCAGAACAUCGGCGUCAAGAAGGCGCUCGUCUUCUAUGGCGGCAGGCCUCCCAAGGGCGUCAAGACGGACUGGAUCAUGCACGAGUACCGCCUGACGGGCACUGAUGAUCACAAGAGCAGCACCACCAAGCGCAGAGCAGGAUCCUCCAUGAGGCUGGACGACUGGGUGCUGUGCAGGAUCCACAAGAAGAGCAACGAUUUCCAGUUGUCGGAUCAGGAGCAGGAGGGCUCAACUGUGGAGGAAGUAGAUACUCUUCUCAUCAACGACAGCACCACCACCUUCAACAACAUGAACGACUCUACUGAAACAACUCUUGCUGGUCAAUAUCAUGAGCAGCAGCAGCAGCAGCAGCUCCAUCAUCAGACGAUGAGCAAGUCGUGCUCGCUCACCGACCUCUUCAACAGCAUCGACUACGCGUCGCUCUCGCAGAUGUUCCUGGACAUCCCUGCUGAGGCCGAGGAGCCACAGCAAAGCCCUCCACUAAUCUACCCACCAGCAACACAAACGACACACCAAGCACUUACUAAUAACUACGAAGACAACAGCGUAAUGAACAACAACUUGCCGACUGCUGCAGUAGACGCAGUAAUAGGCUCAGAUAACAACGGUGGGAAGAAGAGGAAGAGAGUGAUGGCCGUGGAUGAAUCGUCCUUCGAUGAUGGCAGCAGCAGCAGUUUCAGUAGCAAGAAACUGAAGCUGCCAAGUGAUUCGAGGAGCGGCGGCCAUUUCGGCACCACAAGCAGCGGCUACUGCAAUCAGCAGCAGCUUGUGGACAGUGCGAGUGCAGGAUUUCAGUACAGCAGCCUGCUGCUAAGCAAUCCGUUCUUCAACCAGCAGCAGCUGCUACUGAGCAGCCACAUCGGGAUGCAGUAG